AUGGCAAUAGCGUCAACACUAUUAGCAGUUUCUGCUUCCAAAACACCGAUUCCGUGGACUGCCAAAAGAUCAGAAAUCACCUUGAUACCUGUGACAAUCAACGAUUCCUCGUUACUCUUUGUCACAAAGAUAGCACACACAAAUAUGCUGUCUGCUGCCAGGUCCUUAUCCAGAAUACAACACAGACCCAGACAGAUCAAACCAACGCGUCUGAUCUCUGUUUCGGAACGACGAAUCGAUGGACGAAUCAAACUGUCAAGAAUGGACAUUAACGUGACGUUGUUUUUCAAAGGCUCACUAACCAGCUCCAGCAUUCUGCGUGCAAUAGAAAGACACUCGGUCAGAAUCUCUGGACUCAGCUCCUCAACCUGUCUGAGCUCCUGCUGCAUCGAUCUGUUAGCGCUCGCGAUCGAUGAUUUGGAUAGAUUGGCUCUGGCAGAAUGGAAACUGGACUCUCCGUCCUCAUCGUCUUCGUCCUCAUCUUCGUCUUCAUAA